ACCCUCACCUCCACAUGACUGUGCAACCAGCAAACCGCCUGUUUCAUUCAAGCAUCUUCCACUCACUCGCUGUCAUACAUGUGUUCUUUUAACGACUUCUGCCACGCGCCAAUUUCACACUGUCCUUUCCUCAUCGAAACGUCCGUUUCUGGUGCUUGACUCGUCGCCUCCGCCAGCAAUACUUGACAUUAUCUCGAUCAUGACUUCUGACCACGUACCGUCGCUAUCCAAUUUCAACACCCCCGACGCGGUAACGCCUACCCUGAAUGCAGUGAGGCCGUCUCAAGCAGUGAAUGGUUCUUCGACUUUGGCAUCGGCACAGAAAAAGCCGGUUGUCUGUGUCUUCUGCGGUGCCUCCCCAGGCAAGUCAGAAGUUCACCUAGAAGCCGCGCGCGCACUGGCCCGUCAGCUGCACCUGAACAACAUGUCGCUCGUCUACGGUGGCGGCACCUUCGGCCUCAUGGGCGAGGUCGCGAAAACGCUCGUUUCCCUGUCCGGCCCGGACAGCGUGCACGGCAUAAUCCCCGAAAAGCUGCGGCAGUAUGAGCAGGGCGACCAAGGCAUCGACCAGGCUAUCUACGGCAAGACGACCGUUGUCAAGGACAUGCACACGCGCAAGCAGAUGAUGGCGCAAGCAGUCACCACGGGUGGGCCCGGCUCGGGAUUCGUGGCGCUCAGCGGCGGGUUUGGCACGCUGGAGGAGCUGAUGGAGAUCACCACGUGGAACCAGCUUGGUAUUCACAAGAUGCCCGUCGUUGUGUACAAUGUCGAUGGCUAUUACGACGGGCUCAUAGACUGGGUCAAAGGCGCGGUCAAAGCCGGUUUCAUUGCGCCGGAGAACGGGGGAAUAAUGGUGGAGGGAAAGACCGCGGACGAGGUGCUGCACAAAUUGAAGAACUACGAAAUCUCGAAGGCCAGACUCAAACUGGACUGGGAUGCUGAGGGCUGAGUCGCGCCUCCUGUGCUACGUUCCGGAAGUCGAUGAGAGUGCAGACAAAGAGAUUGGAAAGACUGUCGUCAUUUGCAUGGGCCUGGGUUUGCGGCGUUCUUCAGACUGGGUGGGAGUAGGAAUCAAUCCUGCUAGCAGCAUGGGAAAUGGCGUCUACUAUCUCUUUCUUACAAUUUCACACGCUGCAUAGACAGCCAUGUACGCGUCUGCCGAGCUGAACUGGGCAGGGCUGACGGAUACGACCAUCACGAUAUAGAGCCCUUUUAUGGACGUUCUAAUGGUCUUUCUUUUGACCGAAAGAAAGAAUUCGAGUCGAUGUAGAGAGUAUCAGCUGUUCAUCGUCAUUCUUUCUGCCAAUGCUCUCACAUGCUCGUCAGUGCACACGUACUUUGCUCCCGAGCUUUCUUGCCUAGCAUCCGAGCAGGC